AUAGCGCUAGCUUAGACCCGUCUAUAGUUAUCAUUAUUGUUAUUAUCAUUAUGUGUAAAUGUCAUUUAGCUUACAAUCUCCUAACCAUAGUAUUCCAUACUUAGACGAUUCCCAUAUCGAGGGGGGCAUGAAGGCCAAGUUGUGAAGAAAAUAGUAAAUAUCACGAAUGACUGAUGGCGCCUACCGGGGGACAGCGAUCAGGGACCGAGAACAGAACGGGGUCCAACGUAGACUCGAGUAUAUCAUCAGACCGACAAGUUGCGGCGUCAAAUUCUACUCUGAACGCCUGGGUUGGCCGUCGUCAACCGUCAUGGCUAACCAAUGCAAAGCCCGUGAAGCCUUCUCCCCGUCUUCCACAACCACCUACACCUAAACAACCUAUCACCACAGAGACUGUGCGCCCCAUUGUCGAGACAAUUCAGCCCGUCUCAGUCUCAGUGCCAAUAUCUAAUACCCCGGAGGCAACUUCCGCCCCACCUCGCCAACCUCGUCGUCCUCAGCACUCGCCUGAUCCUCUACCGUUCCAAACAACACAAACGAGAAUUCAACAACCGCAGACAUCAAUUUCGGCCGCACGUACUGUACUUCCGUCGCCCGCGCCCAGUGAUGAGCCGAGUCCCGGCGCCACUAAACCCCAAAGUAUGCCGGCUGUGAUAGGACCUCGCCUUACCCUCGAUAGUGCUUUAGAUGAUCCGAUGGUUCAAAGCCGCGUCCCUACGCCCCGCCUGCAGACAAUAUUGCAACAAAGCAGAGAGAUCUCGUUAUCACCAAGAGCAUCCACACCUGCUAACAUGUCCAUCAAUACACCUCCUACGCCUAGCUUGCCCUCAAACUUAACACCUUUAGAGCACCCAGAAAUCCCACCUGCUAAGAGGCAACGCCUUAGUUUCCCCGGGCUUCAGUUCCUCAUCGAGUGUAGGGCAACUACAGUGCUCCAACACCGUAUUCAAUACAUAGGGGGAAUGCAAAAUCUAGACCCGAUAGUUGAGCGGCCCCGAUAUCAACUCCUACUCGAGUCCUUUGAAUCAGGAGACCUCUUCUUCGUUGUAUUGCACCAAAUCUUUUGUAUUUGGUCUCGAAACCGGAUGCAGGCGCACGAGCUAUGCAAGAACAAGGGGCGUAACCCGGAAGAAAUGGAUAAGGGGUUUGGCAACUUGGAAACGGUUCUUAAGAGCAACAUCAAGCUAAAUCCAGACCACAUCAUUUUUUUAUCCGAAUUUCCGGUGGCACUAAACAAAUUGCUAGGAAAUGCCCAGUAUCAAACUGCACUCGGGGAGGUACUCGAGUUUCUCCGCCGUAUGGCUCUCAAUUGGCACAGAGUACUCACUGAUCACCGAAUGAAAGGCUACCCUUUCCUUCUAGGUGAGCUACUUGAUGAAUUUUCACUGCAUUCCCCGAUACUUCAAGGAAUCAUGUUUCGCGCUUCUAGGAGAAGCAUGGGGGGUGGAGAUGGACCUGCUGCAAAACGUAUGGAAAUACUAUUCAAGUCGGAUCAAGACUAUCAUCGAAAUAAUCCCCACGACUUUUUUACAAAACCCCGACCUAUACGGUAUUCAGCGCACAUCGAAUACCUCAUUUCCACGUAUAGGUCCAUUCUUGGUUCAGAGCACAAUUGGCAAAACUCCCUAGCGGGCCAACAAUCUCAACAAUCCCAACUACCCCAAUUGGCUGGUCCUCCUAAUAUCCAGCAACCAAAUCAGUAUUCUCAUCCAAAUCCCCAUAUGGGCCCGUAUACUAAUUCUCAUUUUGUGCCCUACGCGAAUACUCAAAUGGAUGGUCAGAUAACUCCUCCAGCUAUCCCUCAGGGGAAUCUUCCAGUAAACCCCCAGAUGAGUAUUCAGAUAAACAGACAACUGAACCGCCAGGUGUCUGGCCAGCAUGUAGGCUCCCCGACGGGCUAUCUCAUACAUCCCCAAAUGCGACAUAAUUUCCACCAAGCCCCCCAAUACCUGCCUCAAGCUACCAAUUCUUUCGUACAAAAUGCGAUGCCGACUACGGUACCGCCUUCAUACAUAUUAUCUUCAACGUCUAUUACAGCCAAUGACGCAACAGCAACAGCACCGUUGCAGCCGAAUCCCAAUUUCCAAAGGGUAAUGCAACAUCAGGCAGCAGGGAGACUUCCCCAACAGGAUUAUUAUAUGAUGCCAGAAUCUCCGCGGCCUAUUCCUGCUUCGACGAAUACGCCCGGUGGUCAAUCUCAUGAGGCUCAUAUAAUUGGGCAACGGCCACAAAGUUUACAUAGAUUUGGGAGUCAGUCCGCGUUACGUUACCCUAGUUGCCCAAGUCCCGGGAACCUAAUUCCAAGCUAUGGUAAUUUCAAUCGUACAUCAAGUGCGCCAAUGACUUCGCAGGCAAGGUUCUCUGCAGAUCAGCUCCGGAAUCCUACCCAUACGCACUCGCUUCCGGGGCCCAUGGUGCAAAACAAAACACAGCUCGCCGGCCUUGAGCGUCUAAUUCCGGCGCCGGGCAUGGCCAUCGAUCGGCGAGACUAUCCUUACACCCAAUAUGACAGGAAUUCUAUGAUGAUGUCUCUUCAUCAAGUCCGGCUAAGAAGCCCGAAACGGAUGCCGCGGGAAGAAGAUCCGGAAAAAUUGGGAAGAUACUAUCAAGCGGUCAAAGAGUUCGCCCUUCUCCCAGUCGCAAUACCACCGCAAUUGCAUCUACACCAGUUCGAUUUCGACGUCCCGAAUCAUCAGUUUCUUCGGAUGGUAAAGGAAGAAACUAAACCAGGCGAACAUUUGCCUGUAAGUUUAUUCUCAAGCAGAUCUCUUCGUCUUCGUCUUCGAUGUUGUUACAUGAAGAAAACGCACACCCCUGCUACCGACGCUUGGGUCACUACCGAAACAACUUGGCCGCCGCACAUCUUCCUAGAACUCAAUAAUCAUACACUAAGUAUUCCGCGGAAAUCACAUCAUUCUAAGGAUAUACCGAUCGAAGCUGCCUCGGCCGCAGUGGCAGAUAAGAAUGUCCUCAAGGUAUCCGUUCCAAAGAUGAGUGGAAAUAAAGAGCCCAAACCAAGACCAGGUUGGGAAUUUUAUAUUGCAGUCGAACUUAUUGAAAUUCUGAGCCACCGUGAUGUACUUCAGAUGGUUCAAAUGCGUGGAAGAGUACCGGCGGAAUCAACGCGUGAGGCGAUUAAGAAACGCCUUCUCCGGGCGAAGGAAAUAUCCCCCCAAAACGAGGACGAAGACGAACUCGUAAUGGUUGACGAAUUAUCUAUUGAUCUCAUAGAUCCCUUCUCCAGAACCAUGUUCAAAGUUCCCGUUCGUGGAAGGUCAUGCACCCACCUCGAGUGUUUUGACCUCGAAACCUGGUUGAACUCUCGGCUUGGUAAGAAAUCAUGCAACUCGUGCAACAAUGUCAGCGGAGGUUGUCACAAAUGUCCCAACGAACCCUCCUUCGUGGACAAAUGGAAGUGUCCACUUUGCUUCCGUGACGCCCGGCCCUAUAAUUUAAUCAUCGAUGGGUUCCUUGUCGAAGUACGCUCCCAAUUAGAGCGUCAGAAUCUGCUAAAGACCAAGUCCAUCCUUGUUUCCCCGGAUGGAACGUGGAAACCGAAGACAGAACCAGCAGACGAUGACGACAACCUUGACAGCGAGGACGAGAUUAACGAAGCAGAUAGGAAAUUCCCCAAGACCAAUCAGCGGAAGGAACCCGAGAUUGAGGUAAUUGAAAUUGAUUGAUUUCAGUACUAUGUGGUGAAAAUUAAGAGAGGUUGAAAAGAGGCAGUGCCCUAGCAAUAGAUCAUCGACAAUGAGGGUCAGCUCAAGCGAUAAAGCAAUCAUGACCAAUAUUGUGGAAUCACGAUGUAUAUCAUUUCGAUUCUUCUUUCUUCUCUUCCGAUUAUUUCCCUUACUCGGGUAUGGACUUACCACAGCAAUCGUUCGUUCGAACUGAUACCCCUCUGCAUACGCUGUUGCAUUUUCAUUUCUCUUUUUUUUUGGUCUUUUAACGGCAAGCUUUUCUACGAAAGCUGUUUU